AUGACUUGGAAGGAAGGUAUUGGGAAGGGAGACAAAGAUGAUGGUAAGGAAGGUGAUGAUGUAAAGGGUAAAAAGUCUGUUGUUACAGAGACUCAAAAAGAGAUGUAUGGGGGUAAGAAUGAUAGAGAAUGGCAGAUUGUGAAAGGGAAGAGUGUUGUUCCUCGUAAGGGCAGUGUUUUGAAAAGCUCGCCCAAGCGAGAAGCGAGGCGAGGCGAGGUGAGCUUAUCUCGCCUGGAGGACCCCAGGCAAAGUGAAC